GCCAAUGCUAAGCCGAGGCAAUGAUUGUCUUGUCUUUCAUGUGGAAAUAAUGUCACCUUGAUGCUGAAACAAUCCAAGGAAGCUAAGUUAAUGAAAUGAUGUUAUUAUAACCAUAUUUAUUCCAGCAGAAAUUACCAUUUCUGUGUUCAUAAAAGGAUCGAUUGUUAUUUUCUCAUUGUCUUGUUGGGUGUGGAAAUAACUCUAUUUUUUAAAGCCUAUAUCUUCAUUGUGAUUGAGAGUGCAACACAUGGUUUUAUGAAAUGAUGUAAAAUGGAAUUGGACACAAACCUUUUUGAUAAUGAAAGUGAAAGUGGAUGGGAUGAGUGAGAAACCCAGGUCAGCUGAACAAGCACAAUAUGGAGUUUCAUCGGAGGCUGAACUGGAGAGCGACGUUGCUAGGCAACAAGAACAGGAAGGGGAUGCAACAACCAAUGGAAAUGUUGACCCUGGACCAGAUCAGGAGUUUGAGGGAGUUGAGAGGGAUACAGACAGCAUCGUAAAACCAGAACCCCCACCGAGGGUGGACAGCAACCAGCCCGAGAGUACCCGCAAUCAAGGGGUAAAUGUCUCCAGCGACCCAGAACCAGUCAGCUUAUUCAGUCAGCGAGUCUGUCCGCCAAAAAUGCCCCGGAAGCGCCACCUAGUGGAUUAUCUGGGUCAAGAGGAGGAGGGAACUUUCAUGUGGGAUUCGCAGCGGGCGUACCUCAUCACAUGCAUGGGCUUCAUAAACAGUCUUGGAUGUCUGCUGAAGGCGUCGGUUGGCCUCGUGAAACAUGGCGGAGGGGUUUUCUUCAUAGCAUACGUGAUUAGUAUGGUGGCAUUUGGCUGCCCCCUGGUCUACCUUGAAACAACGCUCGGACAGUACGCUGUUGGAGGGCCACUGAAUGCAUGGAAAGUGAUACCUCUGUUUACAGGUGUAGGUUACUGUAUGGUGGUCCUGACAUUCCUGGUGUCCUCCUACUACGUGAUGGAGGUGGUCUGGGCCAUCUACUAUUUUGGGGUUGCCAUGUCAGUAGCCCUCGGUGGGAACCUGCUACCGUGGCAAUGUGGCAAUGGGUCAGAAUGUGGGGCAUCGAACGAAACGCUAGUAGCAUUUUAUGGUGACGUCAGCCAUUUGCCGCGACAUUGGGUGGACAACUCUUCACAGCUGAUGCCAGAAUCUCAGAGACAUGCUGCAGAAUAUUCUGGAGCCUUCCAGUAUUUCAAUAGUGACAUUCUGCAAGCCACAGAAGGCGUUACCAAGUUGGGUGAGCCCAUCUGGUACCUGGUAUUGUGUCUGCUUCUAGUCUGGGUAUGCAUCUUCACGUGUCUCAUCCAUGGACCUAGCAGCAUCGGCAAGAUAAUGUACAUGCUUGCCCCAUUCCCGUACGUCGUGAUGCUGAUACUGUUCAUCAUGGUGUGUAUGAAGGAAGGCAGCAUUGCUGGGGUACGCUUUUUCCUCAGCCCUGUCUGGCACAAACUGGGAAAGUCAGAGAUCUGGUAUGAUGCUGGAAAGCUGCUAUUUCUAACACUUUCACUUGGAAUGGGGAACCUGCACACUCUAGCAGGCUACACACACUUUCACAGUCACUGCUACAGAAAUCUGUUGCUAAUAUGCAUGUCUAACGUGGCGGCCGUGCUCCUCGGAGGUCUGACCGUGUGUUCAGGACUAGGAAUCCUUGCAAAUCUUAAGAACAUAUCAGUCUACAACAUAUCCAACAUAUCAGUAAUAAAUGAAUACGAUCUUGGCUAUGCCAUUUUCCCAUUUAUUUUGACCCGAGUCUCCAACUCCAUGGUGUUUGUCAUGCUCUUUUACUCUGUCAUCAUUGUGGUGGGCAUGUCCACCUGUAUCAUCUACGUGCAAAGCAUCAUGGGAGCCAUUGUUGAGAAGCUCAGAGAUUUUGGGGUCAUAGUCACAAAACGAAGGAGGUGGUUGAUUCAGAUGAUUCUAUGCCUUACAUUGUUUCUCAUUGGGCUACUCUUCACAACGAAGAUGGGAGUGUAUAUUGUGUUUUUUGUUGACCGCUAUGUGACACGGAUAGCACCGUUCAUCGUUGUGUUGCUGGAGUGUUGUGGCCUCAUGUACAUAUUUGGCGCACGUAAAUUCAUGCACAACAUUGAGGACAUGAUGGGCCACAAGAACUCCCCUUGGUGGACUGCAACCUGGAAGUUUAUAACACCAUGCGUUUUGCUGGGGCUGAUCUCAUGUACAUUCAUUUUUCCUGUAUCAAAGAAAUUCAAGGACAUUCUCUAUCCUGAUUGGUCAGAAAUCCUCGGCUGGUGCCUCUCAUUGGCUCCCUGUGUUUGCAUUCCAACUUUUGCGGUUUGGACUCUUUCCAAAGAGACAGGCACGCUUUUUGAGCGUAUAAAGUGCUCAUUGAAGACUCCCACUGACUGGGGUGCAGGUCUGCAACACAAUCCUGAACAGACAGCGCCGGCACCCGAGUAUGUUAUAUGUAGCGCUGACAACCAUCGGCCCAUGCACGGACUGGCAAUGCUCACCCAUAACCUGUAUGUGCCCCAGUUGCCUCCCUUGUCUGCAGAAGAGGUUCAUGAGACCAACUCAGAGAUGACAGGGGGCGGGUACAUGUCUGACCUGUUAACAAUCACGAGCUCCGAGAGCAUCGACAGCGGACCAGAGAACGAGGAACGUGGAAACUGGCGCACAAAACUUGAGUUUGUCCUCUCCUGUCUUGGAUAUGUCAUCGGCUUGGGAAACAUCUGGAGAUUUCCAUUUCUUGUCUACCGCAAUGGUGGAGGUGCAUUUUUCUUUGCGUACAUCAUCAUGGUGGCACUGUGUGGUCUGCCCCUGGUCUACAUGGAGAUGGCGUUGGGUCAGUACGCCAGCCUCGGUCCUGUCACGCUCUGGCGCGCUGUGCCGCUGUUCAAGGGCGUUGGAUAUGCCAUGGUGGUCGCUGUGGCGAUCAUCUGUGUGUACUACAACGUGGUAAACGCUUGGGCAUUCCACUACUUCUUCUCGUCAUUUACAGCAACCUUACCAUGGGCAUCAUGUGGAAAUAAAUGGAAUACUGAAGACUGCAGACUGAACAAGUUUGCGGUGACCAACUGUUCCCUGGUGAAUGCUACAUACUUGCUGGUUCCUGAACUCCAGGGGGGUGCAUGUACCCACCACCUGCUGGACUGCAUCAAUACCACUAACAUGACCGGGUACCAGCAGAACAACACUACUGAAUGCAUCAACUGGUUGGAGAGUAUUUAUGGAGAAACCAUUUACAUGCCUGAAAGAAAGAACAUCUUGGCCAAACUGAAGGACCCUAGUGCAGAAUAUUUCUACAAUGAAGUGUUGAACGUGUCAGACGGGCUCGAUGACAUCGGUGGUAUCCAAUGGCAACUUGCCCUCUGCCUGCUGCUGUGUUGGGUCAUCGUGUUCAUGUGUCUUGUCAAGGGAAUCUACUCUGCCGGAAAGGUUGCCUAUUUUGUCAUCAUCAUUCCCAUAAUCCUCCUGCUCGCGCUUCUCGUCUGCGCGCUGCUUGUGGAGGGCCAUCUGGAGGGGAUCCAUUUUUAUUUGACCCCUAAAUGGGACCACUUUCUAUCACUGCGCGUAUGGAGUGAUGCGGCCUCCCAGGUGUUCUUCUCCCUGUCUGCCUGCGCUGGGGGACUUAGCACCCUGUCCAGCUAUAACAAGUUUCAUAAUAACAUUUACAGGGAUGCGAUCCUCAUCUGUGUUAUUGAUACCCUGAUGAGUGUUCUGGCUGGGUUCACAGUGUUUGCCUCCCUUGGCAUUCUUGCCCAUCAACUGGAUACGACGGUAGAGAAUGUCAUUACAUCCAGUGAGCGACCUAGUUCAGAUAUUGGUCUAGUGUUCGUCGCCAUUCCUGCGGCCGUUACCCACUUUAUGCCGUCUGCUAUGUGGUCAGCAUUCUUCUUCUUGAUGAUCGUCAUGAUGGGAAUGUCCUCACUCCUUGUCAUGACGGAAAUCAUCGUCACCGUCAUGAUGGAUGAGAAAGUGGAAUUCUUCCGGAAGUCCCGUAUCCUUGUGCUCAUUGCCGUCUGCUCCAUUUUGUACCUUCUGGGAUUGCCAUUGACAACCAGGGGUGGUCUCUACAUACUACAGUUGCUGGACGAGUACUGUGGUGGGAUGCCUAACCUUGUCAUAGGCUUAUUCAUGUGCGUAGGCCUGGCAUGGGUGUACGGUGUGCGUAAGCUGUGCUUUGACAUCCAGCGCAUGAUUGGUCGACCUGUGUCGUGCUGGUGGAAGGCCAUGUGGAGUGUCGUCUCCCCCCUCAUCAUGCUGUUCAUUCUUGUAUCAACCAUUGUGACGGGCCUGGAUCUUGGAGGACCUGCAUUUCCCCGCUGGUCAGCGAUACUGGGUAUCACACUACUGGUCCUCACUGUGCUUCCCAUACCCUUGUUUGCAUUCAGAAAGAUCUGUACUCUACAGGGGUCAUUUAUACAGCGAGUCAAGGAGGCGUGUUUGUCGACCAACAACUGGGGACCAGCACUUUAUAAAGCACUGGAAGCAGGUGGAAUACUACCCUGCGGUCAACACACACACUCUUUCUGUAGACAUCGAGCAAAGCCCUGUUCACGCAGUCGCCGACCGUGUUGACUUUACAACAUCAGAUGCGCGGUUACACAAGCUGUCUGAGGCCAGUCUUCUCAGGCACAAUCGACAGAUGUCGCCCAAGAGGCCACAGGAAUUGCGCCAGAAGGCCAUCCUGAAUCACUGCCUACAGCAACCCUCAAUGUCAUGAU